AUGAUGACUUAUAACGAGCAGCGGUCCGCCAAUAAGGACUUGGAAGCCCCUCGCUAUUACAACGCUCCCAUGGCCCAGCAGCUGUACAUGCUGAUAGCCAACCAGAUACAUCCGCAGAGCAUCUGCAUGAACACUCAUUUCAACCCGGGCUACCUGCAACACAACAACGUCCACUUCGUGCAGAAUUAUCCCCUGUCACAAAGUCCAAGCCAACCGCUGAAUCAGACACAGACGUCACAACCCCAGACUUCGCAGUACCAGGCACCGCUUGGGUACCAGCAAAUGUAUGAGGGAAACAAUUACAUGCCCGUUCAAAGUAUGCAGCGAUCGUCUCAACAGUUGGGACCAUAUGGAACAUCUCUGAUGCACACGCUAACGCUGGCGCAAGUGACAGGAAUGGGACUUAACAGCAUGCCCAGCCAAAUGAACGGUCAGAUGGCCGGUCAGAUAACCACUCAAAUGGGCACUCAGAUGGGCAGCCAAAUGUCCACCCAGAUGAACGGACAGUUGCCCAACCAGAUGACGUCGCAGAUGAACGCACCAAUUGGAAUGACUUCUCAAAUGGCAACACAGAUGGCGUCGCCUGUCUCCACGCAGAUGUCUUCACAAAUGACUGGCCAAAUGGCGCCACAGGUGAGUGGCCAAUCCACACAGAUUGGCAAUUCCAUGGGAAUGGCCAUGUCAGGAAUCUCACAGCAAACGUACCGCAAUCCACCUUCGCAGAAGCAACUUAUAGAGCGAUUACAGGAGUUGUUGCCAGUGCCACCGCUAAUCAAGGCAUGCACGCGGCCAGAUGUGACGCUUUCAAACACCCACAAACGCACCAAGCGGAAAUCAAAGUUUUCCAAGCGUCAAGACGAGAUGAUUGUGCGCUUGAAGAAGGAAGGUCGGCCAUGGGUGGAGAUCGCCGAGAUGGUGGGCGUUGGGUCGUACUUGGCGGCCCGUAAUAGGUACCAGGUAAUUGUGGGCCAGCAGGGCAACAACAACAGUCUGAGCUGGACCGCAGAGGAUCGGGACGAGCUCCAGAAGCUCUUGGAUUCGGCUGAGUUGGAUAAAUGGCGGUACAUCGCCAUGGAACUCUCCAAGGCCACCGGCAAAAACUACACUGCAGAGGAAUGCCGAGACCAUGCCCGUCAAAUGUUCUGGCAGAAUCCCGCGGCGAUGGGAGUGCUGGAGGCGACGGUGCAAGAGUUACAUAAGGAGAAGAGGGUCACCGAGAGACUCUUACAGGCUGCUGCCCGGGAGGACUACGACUACUUGAAGAAAUACGAUGGUAGUCCGGAGUUGUCCAUGUAG